GUGCAGUAUGUAUAGUAGUAUAUGCCCGUCCCAUUUCACAAAAGACUACCCCACAUUAUAAUCGCUUCCAUUGGACACAAAUUAUGUGCGCUAGCCCAAACUACACUAGCUCUUCGCUUCACAAUUCGCACAAUCAAUCUCAAAACUCUCCAUCCAAAACUUUUGAAAUAUCUCUCCUCUCCUCUCCAUUCCCAUCCAUCGACAAUCGACAACCGCAAGCAUGUCUGCCAUCAACAAGAUCGUGGCUACCAGCCCUUCCCACGCCAACCCAUCUGAGCUUGAGAACAGCAUCGCUACUGCUCUCUAUGACCUCGAGUCCAACACCCCAGACUUGAAGGCUGCUUUGAGACCUCUUCAAUUCUCUUCUGCUAAGGAGAUUGAAGUUGGCCACGGCAAGAAGGCUAUUGCCAUCUUUGUCCCCGUUCCUUCCCUCGCUGCUUUCCACAAGGUUCAGCAACGUCUCACCCGUGAGCUCGAGAAGAAGUUCUCUGACCGUCACGUCUUGAUCCUUGCUGGUCGUCGUAUCCUUCCCCGCCCAAAGAGAUCCAACAGAUCCAGAACCUCCCUCACCCAAAAGCGUCCUCGUUCCAGAACUUUGACUGCUGUCCACGAUGCUAUCCUUACCGAUAUCGUCUACCCAGUUGAGAUUGUCGGAAAGCGUCUCCGCACCAAGGAGGAUGGAAGCAAGAUCUUGAAGGUUAUCCUCGAUGAGAAGGAGAAGGGAGGUGUUGAUCACAGACUCGACACCUACUCUGAUGUUUACAAGAGAUUGACUGGCCGUACCGUCACUUUCGAGUUCCCACAAGGAAGCUCCGCUGAAUACUAAAUUAUUCAUGCUUUGUUGAAAUGGGUUCUCUUUGGAGGGUUACAAAAAUGGGAGGCGCAAUAGUUAGGCUUUAUGAAUGAAUAUCAAAAGCUUUCUGUGUCAUACUGAUAUACCAAUUUGUUUUACAAUGGAGUUCAUGGAUUUUUAGAACUUUCUUGUUUGUUUGA